AUGCCCGUCCCAUCGUCCAGCGGAUCCAGCGGAAGUGGCUCUCACAGUCUCCGUAAGCCUGCAUCCACGACGUUCCUGCACUCGCCGUCGUCGACUGCGAAUCCCAACCCCAAUUCCCCAACAAGCGGUAACGGCACAGCGACGGGAGGCGGAUGGAAGAGCAUUUUUCGGAUUUCGAGCAUGAAAAAGCUCAACUUGGCCGCGCUCGAGCAACCACAGCCCAAUAAUGAUGACCAUCACCAUCAGCACACUUCGUCUGCGGAGCAUGAGCACAAUGGUUCAUAUCAUUCCUCUCGUUCGUCUGGUUCGGAUAAUAAUCUUGAUCGCUCACCACAUGUUCCACACUCGGCCGCUCCAGCUACUUCCAAUGGUAGCAAAGCGGCGCCUAGCGCGUACAAUAAUAGACCAUACCAAUUGUCCUUGCAGCAGUCUCCUCUUGCAAGUCCGAUCUCCCCCACGGUGGAAAGCGCGAGCACGCCACGCCGGCAAAAAUCUGGCUUUCUGAGUCGGAAACUCUCGUCUGCAAAAUUGGGUCCCUUUUCGGCUCACCCAUCCCAGCAGUCAUUCAAACAAAACUCGCUCAAGGACAACAACAGCAGCAGCACUGGCAAUAGCCCCACACAGCAGUUGGGAAAUGGAAUCGCCGGCGGACCCAUUACAAACGCUAGUCCCAAGAGCCCAAGUUCCAUGGGGACCGCGGCUCGAUUCUUGCGACGGGUGGCAUCUGCACCAAACGCAAAGGGCCUCCUCAACCCUCGCUCGUCUACCAAGAACGGGCUAUUGUCGCCUUCACUAGAGGUUCCGCCGUUACCGCACUCUUCGGAGAAGAAUGGCUCGAUGGAAACCAACUCGUCCCAAUCGUCUGUCCGAGGCGCUCGUGCAAACAGAUCGAAUACCACCUCUGCUUCCGUCAACAAGCUUGGCGAACCACCGAAUAGAGCGGCAUUCCGAAGGACAUAUUCUAGCAACUCGAUGAAGCAUCGUGCGGUCGAGGUCAGGCCUAGUAGCUUCCAGAAGCUUCAAUUACUGGGACGUGGCGACGUUGGCAAGGUGUAUUUGGUCAGAGAGAAGAAAACGGACAAGCUCUAUGCUAUGAAAGCUAAAUCGAGCCCUACAACGACAGUCCUAUCCAAGAAGGAGAUGAUCGCUCGAAACAAGAUCAAGCGUGCAUUGGCAGAACAGGAAAUCCUGGCCUCCGCCAACCAUCCAUUCAUUGUCACCCUUUACCACUCUUUUCAAUCCGAGGAUUACCUCUACUUUUGCAUGGAGUAUUGCUUGGGUGGCGAGUUCUUUAGAGCUCUCCAAUCCCGUCCUGGCAAAUGUUUAUCGGAAGAUGAUGCGCGAUUCUAUGCUGCCGAGGUUACCGCCGCCCUGGAAUAUCUGCACCUGAUGGGCUUUAUCUAUAGAGACCUAAAACCGGAAAACAUCUUGUUGCACGAGUCUGGGCAUAUCAUGCUUUCCGACUUUGAUUUGGCCAAACAAUCGCAAGAACCGGGUGGCUUACCCGCUGCGGUUGUCCAGUUCGAAGAUGGGGUACCCAUUGUCGAUACAAGGUCAUGCACUGUGGGAGUGCGGGCAAAUUCGUUUGUUGGAACUGAAGAGUACAUUGCGCCAGAAGUCAUCAACAGCUCCGGUCAUACCUCGGCAGUCGACUGGUGGACAUUAGGGAUCCUCAUUUAUGAGAUGAUUUUUGCCACUACGCCAUUCAAAGGGCACAACCGGUCCGUCACGUUUAGCAACGUCUUGACCAAGGAGGUUACGUUCCCCGCUGAGCCCCGGAUAACCGCUGCCGGCAAGGAUAUCAUCGUUCGACUCUUGCACAAGGUCGAAGCAAAACGACUGGGUAGCCAAAGUGGAGCUAGUGAAGUCAAACAACACAAGUGGUUUGGCAAAAUCAUUCCCGACCUUGAAAAUGCUCAAGCAAGGAACUUCCGUCAAUUGAGAGAGUCGACAUCCUUGGAUCUAGAAAACCAAGAUCUGACACACCACACCUUCUCUCCUCCUCUGCCCCCGACACCAAGUUCCAGCCGGAAUGAUGGGAUCAACUCGGCCAGUGGCUCGGGUGAAUGGCCAGGCGCUACCUCGCCCGGCACUCCAGGUACCCCAAGACGAGGAAGUGCUCCGAAUGCACACAUGCCUGGCUCACCCUCGUCGCUCAGUCGUGGGACGAGUCCCAAACCCGGAGCGAAUAGCCCCAAGCCUGACGUCUUUAGCGCUUUUAACAGCGUCACCGCUCCCACUCUUCCCACCCAGCCCAUCUCGUGUCCAUUGUCUGAUUUGUAUCAAAAUCACUUGAACCACCCCUCCUCUCUCCUCCCCGCUGGUCGACUUCCAUGUCCUG